AUGACAGGUGCUGCUCUCUUCGUCGAAAGUGACGGAAAAGUCACUACUCGACGUGAACUCCCUCCAGUCACAGCACGAGACAACGAAAUUCUUAUUGACGUGCUCUACUCGGGAGUCAACCCUGCGGAUCUCAAGAUAGUACACUUCAUCAACUACCGAAACUCUGUCCCUGGAACCGACUUCUGCGGAAAGGUCCUAGACUGCCCCGCGCUUGUCGACUCCGGGUUCAAAGUCGGCGGCAUCGUGGCCGGGCAGACUGUUCCCCAUGGAGAACAAUCCAAGGAGUACGGCUCUCAUAAGCCGCGCAUCUCCACGCCCCAAAUUGGCCUUUUCAAAGUCCCUGAGAAUAUGGCCCACUCCGACGCCGCAGCCAUAACCACCGUCAGCCACACUGCUAGCGACGCAUUGUACAACAACUUCAAACUUCCUCUCCCCGGGUCUAGUCCUGACGGUGCGGAGGGCACGCUGGUCGUAUGGGGUGGAGGAACGGCCGUCGGCUUGUCUGCCAUUCAGCUAGCUCGUGCCAGCGGUGUCACAAACAUUAUCACCACGGCAUCUCCUUCCCGUCAUGAUCUUCUUCGAGGACUCGGUGCAACCGAAUGUUUCGAUUACAAGGACGCCAAUGUCUCAGACAAGGUCAAACAAUCAGUCAUCAAAGCAAGCCGCUCUCGUAUCUGGGGAUUCGAGACGGCGGGGUCGCCCGAGUCAAGUCAGCUGCUCCUCGAUGCCCUUUCCGGUAUCGUCGGCGACGUUCAUUAUUCCUGGGUCAACGCAGCGGGUGCGCAGCGUCCCCCAACAGAAGCUGUCCUCGGAACACGAGACUACGAAAUUGUCUUUGAGGUCCCUGGCGGUCGCCAUGUUAUCCCCGCAGAACCUGAAAAAGCCGCCAACUUGUGGGCUGCUCUCGACUGGGCAGUGAAGAAUUACGGAAAGGGAUUCGAACUCCCCGUCGUACGUGUGUUUGAGGGUACUGGAGAAGAGGCGCUGGAAGAGAUGGAGACGGUGUCCAAACAAGGAGCUUUUGGGAAGCUCGUGCUGAAGCACCCCCUUCAGUGA